GGCAACGUUUAGGCUCCUGCGCUGGUGCCAGGUCAUUUACAUACUGUCAGCUGUCACAGGCACUCACCGGCCAGGCGAAGCUGAUAGGACUGGCCAAAGGGCCCCGUGUGCACAGCACAGGGACAUUUGCAAGGCAAUAAAGGGAUCCCGUCCUGUGUGCGACAACAGCGCCCCCUUCCGGCGUCACCGCUCCCUCAGUCAGAUGUUUAUAUAAAACAGCUUGAAAGGAAGCGAGCGCUUCAAUCAGUUCAUGCUGAUUUCUUAUCAGACGCGACGCGGACGGAUCCUGUUGCGUCAGCAGUUUUCCACCAGUUUGAUGCGUCGGACUGAACGAUCGCUCCGCGGGAUCAGCGUCGGGAUCGACGGACGGGACGUGUGAAUCCAACUUCUGUGCAACCGAACCAGGGCUGACGAUGAACGCGAGCGGCGGAACCCGCAGCGGGAAGACUUUCCUCUUCACCUCCGAGUCGGUGGGAGAAGGACACUCCGACAAAAUGUGCGAUCAGAUCAGUGAUGCUGUUCUUGAUUCGUACCUGAGUCAAGACCCCGACUCCAAAGUGGCCUGUGAGUGUGUGGCCAAGACAGGGAUGAUUCUGCUGGUUGGAGAAGUGACGUCUAGAGCCAUAGUGGAUCUGCAGUCGGUGGUUCGAGACACCGUGAAGAAAAUCGGAUACGACGACUCUUCGAAAGGUUUUGACUACAAGACGUGUAAUGUGCUCGUGGCCCUGGAGCCUCAGUGUGUGGAGAUAUCGGACUGCGUGUUUGAAGGCAGGGAUCAGGAGGACAUCGGUGCAGGAGACCAGGGUUUGAUGUUCGGCUAUGCCACCGAUGAGACGGAGGAGUGCAUGCCCCUGACCAUUCUCCUGGCUCACAAGCUCAACUACAGGAUGAGGCAGCUGUCACACAACGGAGAGUGUCCUUGGAUCCUGCCAGACUCCAAAUCACAGGUCACGGUGGAGUAUAAAGACAACAUGGGAGCCAUGGAGCCUCUCCGUGUUCACACUGUGGUCAUCUCAGUGCAGCACAGCCCUAACAUCACCCUGGAGGACAUCAGGCGCAACCUGAUGGAGAAGGUGGUGAAGGUGGUCAUUCCUGCCAAGUACCUGGAUGACAGGACCGUCUACCAUCUGCUGCCAAGCGGGAAGUUCCUCAUAGGAGGCCCUCAGGGUGAUGCCGGACUCACAGGGCGUAAAAUCAUAGUGGACACCUAUGGAGGAUGGGGCGGGCAUGGAGGAGGCGCCUUCUCUGGGAAAGACUACUCCAAGGUGGACCGGUCUGGAGCGUAUGCAGCGCGCUGGGUGGCCAAGUCGCUGGUCAAAGCCGGGCUGUGCAGGAGAGCGCUGGUUCAGAUCUCUUACGCCAUCGGCGUGAGCCAUCCGCUCUCCAUCUCCGUGUUUCACUACGGCACGUCCAGCAGGGACGAAGACGAGCUGCUGCGGAUCGUGCAGAGGAACUUCGACCUGAGGCCUGGGGUCAUCGUGAAGGAGCUGGGUUUGAAGCGGCCCAUCUACCAGGCCACCGCCUGCUACGGACACUUCGGCCGAGCGGAGUUCCCCUGGGAGAAACCGAAGCCGCUGCAGUUUUGAGUUUGGAUUCAAACAAACAAGUCGCGUUAAAUAAUCAAGACUCCAAACUGAGUCACAGAAUCAGAAGCAUUUGUUUAUGAAACAGUGUUAAUGAACAAUGUGACGUAUGAAUUCUUAAAUAAUUCCAAUAUGAAGGUGCUUUUGCUUUAGGCAAAAUGUGAAUUUUCUUAUCAUGUAAUAGAUAGUUUUAUGUCUUUUAAAUGUUUAUGAUAAAGAUGUUGAUUAAAGCCUGAGUUAAAAACAUA